AUGGAGCACAAGACAAACGCGACGCCACCUCUGAAACGAACGGGGCGCCCUGCGCAUCCGCUGUGGGUCCAUUUCCACCGCGGCGAGAAGCGCAACCGCUAUCACUACCACGCGUUCUGCUCGUACUGCGUGGAUCGACAUGGCCUCGACCACGUCCGACCGGCUCGUGGCGUGUCCGUGGACAUGCUCCGCCACUUGGAAAAUUGUAGCAAUCGUCCGCCUCAAGUGGUUUUAGAAACAGCGAAGAAAAGUUCAGUCGCGCGACGAGAGCGUCCGAAAAAAGCGAAAAAAACGGCGAACGGGUUAGAGAGCACGAUCACUCGACUUGGAGAGCACAAGAGCCAUGCGCUGCUCUUAGAGACCGUGGAAACGACGUCAAGGACUGCAGAUGACGUGGUUGUACGUACAAUUGGAGCAGCAGAUGAGGCACCAGUGGACCAGUUAGUGACGGCAGAAGCGACACUUUGUGGGACAGACGGGUGUGUGGCAAACAGGGGCGAUGCCGAUGAAGAGAUACCAUUGAGACUAAAGAGUGGACCAGAUGCUGGACAUUUUUCAGCAGGUCAUGGCGUGGCUAUGUUCAUGAAAGACCAAGGACGAUCUGAUGCAAUGGAGAAGGAUGCUGAUGUGAUGACGAGAUGGAGGACGAGUGUGUUGCAGACGGCUGUGGCCACUGGCAUGCCGCUCUCGACUUUCUCGAACCGUGAGUUUCAGGAGCUCUUGCAGGUGCUUUGUCCUGUGAAAUGGGAGAGCAAAGAAGCGCUCAGCACCGUUGGUAGUCAAGCGUUUGUGGAAGAAACAGCUGCGAAAUUGGCGCAGCGACAACUGGAUCGAGUAAAAGAAGGCAUGCUGAACUCGACGAUCAAAAGUGGUCUUACCUUGAGUAUCACGUGUUGGCACACCCCGGAUCUACAGCAUUUGGCAGCUUUUACACUUGUUAACUCGAAUAGAGACGCUGCCUGUGUUCGAGUUGAAGAUUUAGGCGGCUAUGCUUUACAGCAUUCUUCCACUGAUAGUGGCAGCGACGUGUCCGCUUCGAUGGUGGCACCGCUGUGUCCAACACAAGUGCUUCCGCUUGCCCACGCCAUUAAAGAUGUAUUGCUGGAUUUGAAUGAAAAGGACAUUUGUGUCAUUGGAAUUGUGGCUGACUCGGCUGCUGUGCUGAGUGCAGCAAAGAGAGUCCGUUGCCAUGAACGAUGGCGCUCUCUGUUGGUUCUUCCCUGUGUGUCUGCGAUACUGUCAUCUUUAGCAGGAAGCCUGCUAACGCAUGACGUGUACAUUGACGCAGUGGGGCAGCUUGUGGAGCUAGCCGCUUUUUUCUCCAACUCACGGUUGCAAACAUCGCUGUGUGCUAUUUCUGGCGAAGACAACGCACUUAUUCCACUGCCCACAAGAAACCAUUGGUCUUCAUUCGUGAUUUGCCUAUCAAAGGUCUUGCAUUUCAGUGACGCUAUGACUGUGCUAUGUUCAAGUGAUGAGGAAGGAGUCUCAGCCUUGGUGCCGUUAGCACUUCGCGAACUUGUUUUGGGCAACAGCGGUCAACUCUGGAUAACUCUACGUAGGCUGGCCGUUCUUUUUGCCCCGUUGUGGGAAGCGUUCAACCUUUUGUUCCAGUCGAAACCUAAGCUGGGCGAGAUCAACCACGCUGACGACACCGACGACGGUUGCGCGACCACCGUACACGAAGGACUUACGCUUGCUGACACAAUGUACCAGCUUGGCCGCAUGAGUCAGCAGUACGCGGCUCUUGCACACACUGCAAACGCGGAUGCGUCGUCGAGCAAGAGUGACGAGGAAACGUCAGUCGUGGCACGCCAGCUACACGAGCUUCUGGACACCAUGUGGCAGCGCUACGAUUUGCCAACGAUGGUGCUUGCGUACGUGUUCGACUUUCACAUGGAUAUUGGGCGCCUCGACAAUAGCAACCGUGCACUUGAAUGGAAGGCCGUGGCAUCUUACUUUCAGCACUAUUGCAAGCGCUGGUUCUGCCAAUCACAGGUAUGUGAUGGUGAAAUUGAAAAUGGAUCGGCAGUGCUGGCUCCGGUAUCUGACGGCAAGGUCGAGGCAAUUCUUGCCGCGUACCAGCUCCGACAAUUCCCGUUUGAUGCCGACACCACAAGUGACUACGCCGAUGUGUCAUCGUUUUAUUCAUUCGUGUCGGACUCUCACCCAGAAAUUUCUGCGCUUUGCUGCCGCAUGUAUGCGGUCGGGUUGGCAUGUGCUGAUCUACGUGGCAUUAUUCGUGGCAUUGGUUUUUUACCUUCCGUUGCACAAACUACUGAACGUCCCAAGCAGGUAGAACGGCUACUCCAUGUGGGCUAUGCUUCUAGUUUGAAGAAAACCAGACGCACCGGCACUUCUUUUGGCGGUAGCAAUAUUCUACGUGAGCUCUUGCAAGCGAGUCGUCCCGAGGAAUUACUUUGCAGUUACGACGAUUGGGAAGCGUUCUCAAGCGACUGGAGACAGCUCCUGGACCACGAAAUUGCAAUUGACGAGUCGGAGCGGCUGCAACAGAAUAGCAGUAUGAAUGGCCACCAAAACAAGAACGACGAUGCCGUCGGCGUAUCGCUUGGUCAGCUUUUCUCUGGGGCGCUUCCUCCAUUACCUGCGGCAGUUGUAGUGGCGCCUUCACCUCAUGAUCUAACGGGGUCAAUAGCACAGGCAUCAGUCGCUUUGUAA